AUGUGCUGGCUUGGCGUCCACAGCACCAGCCUGGCUUGUUUUGUAAUCCAAGAAGACAGGCACAUUUGCUUUCGCAAUGCCUGUUUACCGGCUACUGCUCAAGUGUCUGGACCCAUCCCCUCAAAACCAACUCAACGGACUGAGGGAGAUGGCAUGUCUUUCUUCUGGGAGCAGGAACCUCAAAAUGUCCACCAGGAGCAGCUGGAAAAUGCAAGAACCCAACCUCUCGGCUUGCUUAAUGAGGAAGAAGAGGAGGAGGAUGAGUUUAUGGUGGAUAGCUGGAGAAAUACAAAUCCAUUUCACAACCAAAUGUUUGGAGAGGAUCUACAGUUGUCAAGUGCAAGGGACUACACUUCUCUUUCCAUUGAAGAGUGUUUGCAUCUCAUCAAUGCCAACUUCCCCUCAGAAGGAGAUCCAGAGUUGGCAGGUCCUGAUGUACAGAAUGUAGGAGAACAUGCACUUUCAGAGUUUCAGAGGCCACUCAUGUCACCCUUGUUGCCUGAACAGGAACCCACAACAUUAGAGCAGCAAUGGCAAGAUGUUUUGGCCAUCAUGGAAUCACAGGACAUGGAUACAGCCGAAACAAUAGCCGAUUCUUCCUUCAAUAUCAGUGAUUCAGACAGAAAUACUGGAUCGAUGGAAAACUUUAUUCACCAGGAUGUUAGCCUUCACCAAGCCACUCUGCCAAGAUCCACUGAAGCACAAAGCAGCGUCACCAUGGAAGAGACGUGUUGCAUUAACAACCACUCCAUGCCAAACAUCAAUUUGGACAAUUCAACUAAUGCUGAAGCUUUUGAAGACUCGGAUAUCAUAGACCUCCUCCUGACUGCUGGCACUAGCCUGCCAAGCCCUAUAGAUCCUCUGCUGGAGGAAGCCAUGCUUGAUGAGAUUGAUUUAAUGGAUUUGGCCCUGGUAGAACUUAGCCAGGCACAGUCUGAAGAUCAAAACCCAGCAGAUUCUGACUCUGGUUUAUCCUUGUACUACAGUCAAAGCCCUGCCUCUCCUAGUGGAUCUGAAUCUUGCAGUUCCUCAUCAUCUUCUUCAUGCUCUUUUUCACUGUCCAGCCCAACCCCUAGUUUGAUGCCCGAGGAAGGUGCUGUGGGUUAUACCAAUAUCAAAGAAGAGGAUGAAGCUGUGG